AUGAGUGAGUACUUAUCUAAGCCGUUUCACCGUGAUAAUUGAACACUAUAUGGUUAUUAACUAGUAUUUUGAACUUAUGAUGUUGCAUGAUGCCCGCACCAUCAAGGUCCGAACUAGCAUUGGAGGUCUGAAAUGUGAUGUCAGUGGGCAUUUGUGGAAGGCUGAUGACCUAAAGCAACAUCAUCACAAUUGCUGUUGGGUUAUGUUUUAUUUCCUUGACGCUAGGAAAAAAAGCAUUAGACUCAUAAAUCUUCGAUACUUGAUCAUAUAAUUUGAAUAUAUUCAGUUUGUGUAUUGAAGCGAUAAUGCCUGUGGCAAAUAGGUUGGAACGUGUCGUCAAGUCAGUCUCAGCUAGCCACUUACCCCCUCUUUCACAAUUCUAGGCAUGCUUUCGACAGGGGCACCUAACGACAAUUUUCGAGAAAAUAUCUGUUCGGAAGACGAUUUGAGAACUAGAAUUUUCGGAACAUUUGUUGUAAAAUUUCUUGCUUGCCUACCUCUCCUAGGAUUUUCGAAGAUCUACAAAAUGGUAUAAUUACCCAUUUUAAACGGAUAUUUACCCUAAAAAAGGCCACCUAGAAUUUUCGGGAGCCUUUUCCUGGCUGGAAUUUUCGAAAAGGUAAGUUUUGAUCCCUAUAAUUUUCGGAUCACUAGACUUUCAGCUAGGAAAUCCGAACAGAUUUUUAGGGGAUAAAAAUAUGCCUAUAUCUACCGUUUAAAUACUAAAAUACGUUCAACAAUGCUAUGUUAAGUGGUUUUGAACUAUAUCCUCGUUGGGUGCCCCUGUUUCGAAGCAUGCUUUUGAAUUUUUUCGAUUGGUUCCUGCUAGAUUAAUCACUUGUCUCUUCAAAUUGAUUAACGAUGGUAACUCAUUAUUUGCCUUUGGGGGGAUCUUCCCACAGGCUAUUAUCGUCCCUUGCAUGUGGACGUCGGAUGUAUUCACCUCCGCGAAAGGUAUAUUUGACAAAUAUUUGUGGUCUAGUUUUUGCAUAGUUCUACAACGCGUCUUUGGGUACCAGAAUGGUGUAAAAUUAAGUGUCAGUAGUAAAAGCCUACGGUUGUCUAACUUCUGCAAAUGAACUGAACAAUGGUAACGGAUCCUGCCAGUGGAUCUCAGUUUAGCUGAAUUUUAGUGUACAAAGAAAAAAAAAAGAAAUACUGUAAAACUAGAAAACUAUCUGAUUCCAUAUAUUUUACAAUAUCAUUCCUUGCAGGCCACAAAAAACCGGUAAAGAGCUCAAAUAUGCCUGAAAAAUGGCGAUUUGGAUACGAAAAUUACGUAACUAGCAAACAGUUGUCACAAACGCAAAAAGGGAUGACUGUAAAAGGUGAUACCUCAAAAAAAAAAUAUUUCAGCAGUUUUGGGCGAUGUCUUUUAACUAAUUGCUUUGGCCCGGAGGUAGACAGUAAUUUCACUGCUCAUUGGACCGUUCGUAAUGUCUAAAGAUGCUUUUAGGUAUGUUUGACACAAUAUUUCAUCGCGGGUUAAAGAGCAGACGAACAGCUUAUUUAGUACCUUAAAGCACAGAUAACUGUUAUUCGAAUUAAGUCUCUAGCUGCUCAAUUCAACUUCACCCUGAGGCAAAUUGUUUCGUGUUAAGAAUCUGUUCAGUAUGUCCUUUUUCUUCACGUUUGGGAAUAUCACACGUUUUAAAAGAAGUACUUCAGGUACCAAAAAAAACCUGUCAACACCAGCAGAGAGUGGGGUAAAAAAAAUCAAAUUUCAGCCGAUUGGCAGCAAACUAUUAAAAUUACAUUUAUUAGUUUUGUACCAUUUUUAUCCAGUAUUCGGUAUGGUAGGUUUUAUUCAGUUGCCAUUUCUAUUACAAAAUGUACCUCACGGUUCAGACAUUUGUGCCUAGAAAUACUUUCAUCUUAUUACCAAAUUAGCGCAGGCCACGUCCGAUGUUUAGUCUUUUGUCUUAGGUUUCUUAGACGUAAAUGGGUUUCAUCAAAUAACUGUUAUAAGUUCGUCAGAUGUUUUUUCUUUUACAUCUUGCCGAGACUCGGAUUGCGUUGGAUGUAAAAAUUCUUCCAUUAAACGAAUAGACGUUUUCACGGCGGUUAUUUCAUCUUUUGACAACUGUGGCAAGGACAAGUAAGAGAAAAACCAUCCACUCCGCUGAAAAGAGCGCCUGUAAAUUGAUAAAACUCCAAGUUUGAAAGUAAUUUGUUGAAAACUAACGAAGAUAUAUCUCCCCAAAGUCUUGAAUUUUAGAGACGUUUGUUUGGUGGUGCUUCAAACUUGGCAGUUUUACCUACUGAUUUUAAGGUGCUCUUUCCAUACUUUCCAGUGGUGUCGACGGAUUUUUUUCCUAACUGGUCUAUGUCUAAAGUUGAAAAAUCCGUGGAGGGUCUAUUCCUUCCCAUCAAAAAAAUUUUUGAGAAAACAAGAAUUCUUUUUUGUUUUUAAAAAUGAUAUUGUUGGGGGAGCAGUGUAGUCUAAGGAGGAUGGCAAACGGGAACCAUAAAGCAUUCAACUAACAAAAAUGCUGUAGAAGGACAUGCCAGGUGAUCUCUAUUUUUUCCUUAAAUAUAGAGGACGAAAAACAACUGGCUUGAAUAUUUUAUUGCCUGUCGAAUUUCUGAGACUACGAAUGAAAACCUCGAAGAAAUGUUCUAUUAAAAUUGAAAUCAACUUUAAAUUUGUUCUAAAAAACAUUUACAGCAGUUUUUAACAUCUGCCUUUACGCCGUUGAAAUUGGUAAAAAAAAAAGCUGUGAACCCGUGUAGCUUUUCCCUUCUUAAUGUAAUAAAUUAACCACGUAAUUCAAUAUCAAUCCUACCAAUAAAAUUUAGCACUACUCACCAAGUAAAUAUAAUUAUAUUAUUUCAGUUUCUUCCUUGUGUUGACUACCGUUUUGAUUUUCAUGACAACUUCCAGAAUUCUAUUAGUCAGCUUUUCUAAACCUAAAAGAAGUUUAUUUUCGACGGGAAAAUAAUGUUCAUAGCAAAAGCUAGCAACCCCGCUACACAUCCAUGUUUUGAUAAAAAAGGAACUGAUUAGGGCCUACUUUACACUAUUGUACGACGUAUUUCUACUUCGGCAUACUUAAUGAGGUUGAGUCCAGUUUCUAAUGACCUCUAUCCGUCUGUCAAAAAUGGCAGUUUUGAAAGUUCCACACCAUAGUAGAUUACCUAACAGUUUUUUUUAAUAAAACUUUGGGAUAAAAGGGAACCGUUACAGUUUUAAAUUUUUAAGGAAACUCGUUUCUCCAGAAAUUUCUGCAUCAUUCUGUUUAGUCUAAAUCUCUGGGAUUUUUGGCUCACUGGACUCCGCCCUUUUACUCGUAAUCCCCGAAACACAAACGCGGCAUCCUCAAACAUACAAGAAAGAAUUAAAGUUCAUGGUCUUUAUUGUUAUUGCUAAGUAAAAUGCCUCUGUGGUCGAUCCAAGGAAAAAAAUUAAAUUGUUCUGAAAUUGGAAAUACACUAACGAGAGAGGGCAUGCAUGUGGCCGCCAAAAGAGAUCGAAAAUGACUUUUGAAUCAGCCUUAGUUCACGGGAAGAAAUGUCCCGCUGUACCACUAGAAUCAGAUUUUAAUUAAAAAUUUCCUUCUUUUUUGUUUCUUUUCAUGAAAGCCUUUUUUACAUAACACAGGAAUUCAGAGGGAGUAGAACUAAUUUUUUUAGGAAGUUUGGAUUUGCAAGUUUUAUUCCAUAUUUUCAAAACCUCAACAAUUUUUUUUUUAGUUUCUACUCUGAAUAAGAAAAUUGCAUCUUAUCUUUUUGGAGUUUAUCUCAUCAGUUAAUAGCAGUUUUCAUUCCUCCAGAAAUUGAUGCUUAUGGUCAGGUGCUUUUCAGAAAGUAAUUCAAGGCUCAAUGGAGAUUGAACAAUAAAAUGUAAAAUGACAGUAAGGGUUUCCUUUCCACACCAAAACUGAUAAUAAACGUGAAACACAAAACAAUACAAUGUAAAUGAUUUUACUGGACACAUUUUAGGAGAUGAGAACUUGUCCCAUUUUUUUAAAUUUUAUCAUAUGGCUUCUUAAUUUAAGGCUAAAUCUCUACUCAUAUAAAAAAGACAUCUCUCUCCCACCUUUGCGUCAUGUUCAGAACUUUCUAUUACUUACCACUUAGCCGGAACAAUAAUUUUCCAAUAAAAAUAAUUGCUUACAGCGUUUUGCGCAAUUAUCAAAUUAUAAUCAGGUUUUUUUUGACAUCGUGUAUGAGGCACCACAUAAAAUGAGUUUGAUACUGAAGGUAUCUUACUGCCUGAAAGCCGAUUUUCGUCAUAAAAAAACGAUAAAGUGCUUGAAUAUUUCAGUUUCAGUGUUAAUUUCUAAUUCUCGUUAUCUCAGUACUUGCAUGACCUGUCUCAUUGUAUAACCACGUUUCCGUCUGUUUUUCGUUUCCAUUUCCUGAAUUCAGUAGAUGUAUUAUAUACCUUUUUCAGAAAAGAAAAGUGGGUACAUCCUGAAGAAUUAACACAUUUCAGGCUUCAUUUGGUGAAAAUCUACAAAAUAGCACGAACGGCGAGUCAGUUAGCUCGCAAACAAGGGCGAACGGGGGGAAACGAAAGAGAGAAAUACACGCGUGCGUUUUAUUUGUAUUCCACAUCUGUGUAUCUCAUCGUCAAGCACUAUGAUUAAAUCAAAGAACAACUUCAUAUUAUUUAAUAUAUACCUGGGUACACUUAAUGAACAAAAAGAUGGAACGUAGGCGAACCUUCACCGGAACUUCAUAAUUUUCAUUUUAAUGUUUUCUUUUUUCUUUGGUAUGAUUAUUGAGUUUCCAAAGAGUUAAGGCGCGAUUAACAUAUCAUCAAACCUGACGAUAAGCUAAUCCUGUGGAAAGGAUCUUAAUCCAUUGCGCAAGAACAUCGCCUCAAGCAUGUCUUAACCAGUGCUCAUUUUUAAUAAAUUGUAAAACAAAACCAGUUAACAAGGCGCUGCUAAAAAGGUAAACUGAGCACGAGCAUCAUCGCAGCAAACUCUAUACAAGUAAGUUAAAAAUUUCUUUUUCGCGACCUUGAAAGGAAAUUAUUUAAAAACUACAUAUAAAUGACCUUUUCGUCCAGAUAGUUGGGUUAAGAAAAAAACCGUUUAGUCAGUAUAUACGUAGUAAGCUGUAAUUUUUCAGUAAAGUCUUCUGUUGUUUGAACAGUGAUAAAUUAGGAACACAGAAUCAGGAGAUACAUGUAUCUUUGCAACAUAAACGGUCGACGGCGGUUGAGCCGUGUAGAGCUGACAAACUCUUUGAUUCCAAUGUACAAAUAAUUUUGAUUUGGACUAUACGUAGUUCAUAUUACAAAACGAAAGAAACUUGAAACGGUACCACUUAAUUGACGAAACCUGCAAGUCAGCGUAUUUGGACUGAAUAUUCCCUCCAAAACAUAUAUUUUAUAUAUACCACGACCCCUUGCUGAACUAAUGGCAGCUAAUGCCAACCUUACGAUGAAAAUACAAAGUGUAGUAUAUCUGAUCAUGAAUAUCAUCUUUAACCACAACUUCAGGCGAGUUUUCUUCUGCUUGUGAUCAACAGUUUAACUUUUAAUUUUAUCACUGAGCAAUUAUUGAUUUCUGUCGGACGAUGGGUGACUUUUUUUCAAGCUGGAGACUGAAUUCGGGGUAGGCUAGAAGACAAAGCAAAAUGUACGUGCAGCAAGCCGAAGACGUACUCAAAUUUGAAUUUUUGCGAAUUGAAAAACCGCAUGUCGGCGGAUGAAAAGCGAAGGAUUACCGUUUAUAACAGGCGUAUAUGUACUAUCUUUUCGUUCCAUCUUGCACGACAUCUCUUGGUAUAAUUUUGUUUCGAUUGUUACUUGGCCUAAAAUGCUUCUUUAUUUUAUUUAAGAUAUUAACCAAAACGCAACAACGUCUGAACAACCUCAGCUUCUUGGUGGGAGUUUGAGGAAAACUGCCAUAGCAAGUAAUCUUUGUUCUUUAAAUCAGAAAGAAAUUAUAUCAUAGACAGUUUAAAAAGCACUUUUGUUGAUAUAUUUGGACAGUUAACAGGCUCUUGAGAUUCUUCGAACAUUGUGUUGAAAAACCAAAACUACAAGAACUUUCAACAACAUUUUUAUCAUUUUUUGUUUCUAGCUUUGCUGUAUUUUAUUCUGUAUUUUAAUCUUAUCGUUUCGUCGACUUUCUGAGGACUGUCGUAUUGGAUCCAUUAAGUCAAAAACAAAACAUUGCGUUUAAAGAAUAAUAAAAGAAAAAAUGAAAAUAAAACAAAUGCGCCUUAUGCAAACUUUAUACACCAGAAAUUUCAACCAAUGAAAGAAGAGGUCGAUUCCAUUUGUAGAUGAAAAUUCAGGCACAUUUUUGGAGGAAAGUUCCCGGAAGCCUAAACCGAAACAUGUGAAAAUUAAAGUGUCUAAUAACUGUGAAAUCCAAACACCCUUAAGGUAGUUAAAAGUAAAAAAAAAUGAAAGAUACUAGAAUUCAAGGGCCUGAAGUUUAUUUUGUAUUUUGGGUUUGGAUGUAGUGCCGCUUUUUCUAGGUCUGAGCCUCUCGAACAAAUCAUCAUUCUUCGGAAUGUUCGAUCAGCAAAAUGUCACAAAUUUCUUGGUCAGAAGGACGACAGAGCACUUUGAAAGUGAAUUUCCCAAAAUGAAUGUGGUUAACUCUUAGGAAACAAAAAAACUUAGCAUCUAUAGAACAUGAAGGCUUUUUUCUUCUAAACACCUUUUUGAGUUUGAGGUUUUAAAUGAAAGGAAGCCGGCGCAUCAGUAAAACCUUUACCUUGUAAAAGUUUUUUUGGGACGGCUCUUUUCAGGAGCCUCCCCACCCCCACCCCCACCCACUUUUUGCUGUUUAGCAUGCCAAAGGAUGUCACCAACAAAAAAAAAAUGCGAAAUGAGUUUGGGCGGAGACAUCAUUUAGUUCCUUGGAAACACGAGGGCGAGCCAAAACAAUAUUAAUAUCUCAUGACUCAAAUUUGGUGUAAGAUUUAAUGCCAUGACGUUAUAUGACUUAAAGUGACUCUGGUGAGGAGGGCCUUCAUAUUAUUGUAAUCAGUUUAUCUGCGUCACUGUGAUCAGGCAGAUUAGGCUUCCCACCAAAAUACUGGCGAAUUUCGGUAUUGAAUGGUCAUGACGCGAGGUUGCAUUGUAAAACCCGAAGAAAACCAAAAGUGAGCGAAAUUAAUUCGGGUAUGGUUAUGGUUGUUUUGCUUCUAUCUGUUUGUUUUUGGGUCGUGAGUGUGUUUUCUUUUUUUCACUCGAAGCUGCGGAAGGAAAACCAGAGUAGACAGCCAACAAAGUAUACUUUAUAAGUUCUUUACGCAAGCGUAUGAAAAUUCAAAAACACCCAUUUCUGUCUCUCCUUUUUCGAGGAUUACGCAUGAAAGUGAGCCGACAGAUAUAAUCCAAAAGUUUUUCGCAUUAUCGAAAUCUCCUCAAACAAUAGCAGAGAUUGUUAUUGUUUCUAGAUCCAUUUACAUUUAUCGACACAAGUUUGCUUUGGCUGUUAAAUUUGGACGUUAACACAGUUUUUCACCACCAUAAUAAACAAAAAUCGAACGACGAAUAGUCAUAAGAUUCAGACCAACGACUGCGACAUUUUUUGGCUAUCAAAAUGCAAGGUACGUGAGUUAAUGGUGUUGAGUCGGUUACAAAUCUACACGAAUUCGGUGCUGCAUUCACUUAAGCCUUAAACCUUCAUCGUAGAGAAAUAACUAACGACUCUCUUUUACUAACUUCUCAAUACAUAUAACUGAUGUUUUGGCUGAGAGUGAAGCAUAUUUUUCAACGGAUGGCCCAUUAUUUAUUUUUGCAGCAUUUCUUACACCAUUCUUUCCUCAAAUGGAUAAUUCGUAGAUUAAAUUGUGUGCUGUCCGCACGCAAUAUGCACAAAUAUUAAAAGCUUUUAACUCAUUUUAUGACUAUGAACGAUUUAAUAAAGUAAAUUUCAGUUGAAAUUUCGAGGAAGUCUCCAUACGCAGUGACACUUGUGUUAGACAAUGCCUUGAGCAAAUAUAGAGUAAUGUAAAGCUAUAAUACUUAAAAAAAAGUCACUGCCUUGUGGUUGGCGAUUUAUCCUUUAAGAAACCUCGAUGCAUUUUAAUUACGUUCUAACCGCUCAGAUUGACAAUAAACACUACUGAAAAAGUUUCUCUUUACACAUGUUUCGUUAUACGUUCAUGUGUUUCUGAAUUAUUCUAUAAAAUCGAUCAUUGCGGAAGAAAGUCAUUCACAAAAUUUUCCUCGUGCUAAAGUUAUAUGUUGAUUGUGAAAGAAUUAAUAAUAUUUCGUAGCAAUAAACAUAUCUAUGUAGCAGUUAUUGGAUUCGGCUUCGUGUUAUCUGAAGAAUUAUGCAGAUUGAGGAGGGUGUUAUCGGCGGCCGAAGAGGAUAACACCAUCUUAGAACUGCAUAAUUACUCAUAUCACACGAAAGCCGAGUCCAAUAAUUGUUCUAUUAUUCAUUCAAAGUAAUUUAUAUUUUUAAAAAAUGCCAACCCCGAUCUUUGUUAAGUUCCGGGCUCCUUUGUCUGAUCUUUCGCAAAUUCAGAAAAUGGAGGGAUAGUGUGGCAGAUAUUCCUCAAAUAGCAGUUGUCGCAUCCGUUGUUCUUGCUAUGUUUUUGGGCACGACGUUCGGCCAUUUCUUCUUCGCAAAACGUGUUAAGUUUUCUGCUAUUUUCACUAGUUCUACCAAAACAGUUUCCAGGACUUUUUGGUUGCCGUCCCUUUUCCUGGCGAUACCCUGUACUGUUGACGUCAUUUUACCCGAUAUCGCAAAUUAGUAUUUACCAAAUCAGUGAAUAGCAAUUUUCGAGCGUUUUGAGUGGCUGCCGUAACUCGGUAUAUCAUUUGGCUAUUCACUGUUUUACGACCGGAGUACAAAUGGCAUCUCGUUUGGAGACAUUUUCGAAAGACGAAUUUUGAGCGAUAAAUGAACUAGUCGUACAAACAAAUACCAAGAAAGUGACGAACUUUGGCUGGUCAGUGUUUACUGGUAGGUAGAAAAUUAUUUUCAUGCUGAAUUUGCAACAAAAUCGUAAAAAUGCACUUGACACUAACCCGAAAUGUUUGUAUUAAAUUGUAAACAAAGUUCCCUCUAGUGACUUUUUUAAUUUUCAAAUAAUUACUGGUUUUCAUUUUUAUCCAACUGAUUUGAUAAAUAAUAAAACAACUAUCUCCCUCAGGGUCGGUGAACGGCGCUAGAUUUAUAUCUCGAUGCUUCGCGUCUCGGUAUAUGUACACACCACUAUUCACCACCCCUUCGGGGGAUAGUCGUAUACUACUUCACAAUUUGGUCAACACUACAUAGCUAGUUACGAAGAUUUAACUGGGCCUCAUCAGAGACAGAGAAAUAUUUUGAUUGAAUGCGUGAAUAAAAAUAAUGAUGAUGAUGAUGAUGAUAAUAAGAAUAGUUACCGAACCGAAUGGUACCGAACUUUUUCUACUUCUAAGUAUAACUUCUCAAGUGGU